CUUACAUAGAUAGUUUGAACAUAACCUAAAAUUAAUAUUAUAACUUCUAAUUUUAUCACAUUGUGACAAUCACAUCACAGUGACAACAACUUUCUGACAACUGACAAGUGACAAUGUGACAUAUUAAUAUAUAAUUCUAUAGACGUUAAUACGUUAUACUGUUAUAGUUCAUAAAUGGCAUAAAUCAAUAAUCAUAAUACAGUUGUAGGUUAUAACUUAUAAAUAUUUAUUAUUUAAAGUAUUUAUUUUUCCAUAUUUAAUAAUUAUAUCUACGGAAUAUUUUCCUAAUAGUUAUACAUACACUAAUAUUCGUACAAUCCACGCAAAUAUCAAAUAUUUUCAAAUGGUACAAAUUCUAUAAAUUGUAUUUUUACUUUAUGCCUUAAUGGUAUGAAUGCAGAAUAAUUCGUUUCUUUGGUCUAGUGUUUUUUUUUUGGAAUAUACUUUUCGGCAACCAUUCAAGAAUCCACCAAUUUAAGAUAAUUGCAAACUUGUUACAUCCUAAUAGUUCUAAGAUUUUUUUUGGAAUAUACUUUUCGGCAACCAUUCAAGAAUCCACCAAUUUAAGUUGCAGUUUAUUAUAUACCUAAGAAAAAAAAUGGAAAAUAUCGAAGUUUCUGUUGAAAUAGUCACCAAUAAAAGAUAUUUUAUGGAGAAAGCAGUGGAAAUUUCGUUCAAAUUCAUCAAUAAAUCUUUGAAACAAAAAUAUUCCGAUUGGAUUGCAUUAUAUAAGUGUAGCAGCAAUAGAAAUUUAGAAGAGUUUGUUGCAGUAGAAACUGAUUUAAAAAUGCACACACCAACAAAAUAUGGUUUUCGUCAAGUUAUAUUUUAUGCAUACCAGUUGAAAAAUGUUAAUUGUAAUGAAGAAUAUGAAUUUCUAUAUGGCAAUGAAUUUAAUGAGAUUUAUGGAAUUAGUCAACCAAUACGUUUCAUUCAUCAAAAUGAAUGCAUUUAUUGUUAUCCUAAUAACUCAGAAUUAGAAACAAACCACCAUAGUAGUUGCGCCUCUGAGGAAUUAAUUAAUUCAUUAUUAGCUCAUAUUUCUACUUUGGAUAGUAAAUUAACCGACUGCAAAAUAAAAUCUAACGAGAUUGUCUCAAUGAAUAAACAUUUGAUGACUCAAAUGAAAGAAAAUGAAGCAAUUGUUCAAAAAAAUAAUGAAUUCUUAAACAAUUUGUUUUAUUCUAAUGAACCUGUGACUAGAGAUGAAUAUUUGAUGGAAACAUGUACUGAUAUUGAUUUGACAAUGAGUUGUAUUGAAAGUAAUGAAUAUGAACUACAAGAUCUACAUUAUGGGUUUGAAAAAGCAUUACAAAAGUUCAUUAAUAAAGAGGACGAAGAAAUCAAUGAUGAUCGGUCUCCAAACACUGAUACUGACAAGGUGUUAGAUAUUACAGUAAAUGUAGAAAGUGUGUUUACACCAGAACCAUCUACAGCAACUAUUGUUUUUAUUGACAGCGAUGAAGAUGAUGUUUAAUUGAUUCAAUAUUGCCUUUAUUGAAACUAUUUAAUUAAUGUCUAUUUUUUUUUUUUUACAAAUGUUUAUUUAUUUUAAGCUUGUAUAAUGAGAUAUUUUGUCUUAUAUAAACUUGUUAUUUUGAAGAAAAAGUAAUAUUAAAAAAUAAAAUGUUUAGUCUCAUCAAUUUAGUUUUAGUUGAUUAUGUAUCAAGUUGGCAUUGCAUUCUUAUCUAAUAUAAAGUACAAGAUUUUCAAUCUCAA